AUGACUUCAACAAUAUCAUAUCAAUCAGCUGUUGAUACAAUCUAUCAUUGGCAUCAUAGACCAGUUAAACAGCUAAUUUUCGACCGUAGUGUAAGUGAAAUAACUCAAUACAUAGACGCUGUUGACAGAAUCCAGCAGUCCCUCGCGAGCGGAACAGAAUCUGGUGACCUGAACUCCAUAGCCAUGGUUCAGCUCAAGCACGAGUUUCUGACAGUACUCACAACAAAAUCUGAUCUGAUUGGCACAUUUGAUUCAAUUACCUCUGAAAGAUUAAAUUCCGACGGACACCUUGGAGAUUGCAUCAAAGUGUACAGGAGUGUGAGGAAAUCCUUUUUCCACACUAUGAUAAAACGGCUUCACUUGGAAGAAUUGUAUAUAAGGGGGGAUGCAAAGAGUGCCUUCAAGAAAAACAGGUUUCUAUGGGAAGAGUUGAAGGUGAAAAUUGAACUGUGGAUUCGAGUCUUGAAUUUGUGUUUUUGUAUCUUCUUUGACUUGGAGAAAAAAAUUAGUGAGAAAUUAUUCUCUGGUUUUGGAAAUGGGGCUAGUGAAGAAUAUUUUUGGGAAAUAGUUGGAGAUUCUGCAAAUAAUUUACUUGUUUUUGCAGAAACAGUGAGUUCCAUUAAUCAGUCCCCAGAGAGAAUGGGAACAAUUUUAGACCUAUACGAUACACUGUUGUUUCUUUUACAAUACAUUGAUACCCUGUUUGACUUCGAUGCAGCAGAGGCUAUUCGAAAAGCCAUGAAGGUGACAGUGCCUCAACUCGAGAGUGAUAUAAGAAGGAUGUUAUUGGAUUUUGAGAAUUUCGCGAGCUUUCGACUAUACAAGAUGAGAGGGGUGCCACUCAUCCAUUGA